AUGGUGGUGCUGCAGGCUCUGGCCGCGUACCUCGUGGCCCAGCCUCCUCCAGUCGACCACUUCCUGAAGGUUUCUCUCCAAAUCAUCGAUGCACAGAAGUCGAGGAGCGAGUCCCUGAGCUUCAACUCUCAGAGCAGCUACCAGUUGCGGUCAUUCGAUUUGUCAAUAAAUGGAGACUUUGAGGUGGGAGCUGAGGGAAACGGCGAAGGCACAUUAGAGGUUGUGACAGUUUACAACCAGAUUCCAGAAGAAGACGGCAAAAGCUGCGAAGCGUUUGACUUCCAGGUCACUAUUCAAAGGGCCGAAGACUUUGAAAGUAAACUUCAACCUGGAAUCAUCAGCGCCUUUGAUUUCAGCGUCCAGCUCAAGGCUCGGGGGGCGGAGCCUGCUUACUCCGUGGUUCUGGACAUCACUCUGCCCACUGGCUUCACGGCUCAAAUCAGCGAUCUGGAAAAUCUGUUGAAUUCUGUGGAGAAUUACAUCUCCCACUACUACUUCGACGACAAGCUGAGCGACAGGAGCUCCCUGAUCAUCCACAUGCACCAGGUUUCCAACACUAACUCUCAGAUGGUGACCUUCAGACUGUUGCAGCAGUUUAACGUGGGUCUUUUCCAGCCCUCGUUCGUCACGGUCUAUGAGUAUUACAAAGAAGGAGGUCAGCGCUGCACCAGGCGGUACGCUCCUCCAGAACAAGUGAAGCUCACAACCAUCUGCAACGAAGGCGAAUGCAUCUGUACACAGGGGGAUUGCUUUUAUAUCAGGACAGACUCACACGUCACCGGAGACAAACCAAGAGAGACUUUUGCCUGCGUCACCCUACACCACGUUUUUAAGGUGAAAGUGAGAAACAUCACCAGAGAAGUGCAGUUCAGAUACGAGAUGGAGAUCACAAACGUCUUCAAGUUGGGUACCGAAGCAGGAGUUAUGGACCAUGAAAUCAGGUAUUUUGUCACUGAUCCGGCCUGUGGGGACAAGGUGGUGCUUCAGAAGGACUCAGACUACCUCAUCAUGGGCCCCGAGAGGGACAAAUGGAACGCAGACCCGGCCACCAACAAGAUCAUGUAUGUUUUGACUAAAGACACGUGGGUGGAGCAAUGGCCGACGGAGGCAGAAUGCGCUCAGCCCGAGUUCCAAGCCACGUGCAGAAGUUUAGCUGACGCCACAGAUUAUCUCCACAACAACGUCUGCAGGUUGUAG